AUUCCUAGGGGGAUUGAAGCCCUGACCCCUGACAAGGCCCUGCAGCACAACCCUUGCUCGGCGCCGGUGUCUGCUGCCGCCACCAACGGAAAACCUUGGGAAAACGGGAAAAAUGGGAAUGCAGGGAUGAAGCCCUUCAAGAAGAGGCACCUCACGGCCCCCGAGUGCGAAGCCCUCUCCCGGAGCGGGGAAGGUUCGUCCGCCCUCACGCAGCCCCUGAGCCAGAGACGAGGGAGAGGAGACGGGAAUAAGGGCCUUCAUCCCGCCCACCGGACACGGAGAUGCCAGGGAGGACAACGCCAGCAGAAGAACAUCCUGGAUUUCUUCGGGAAAUCCCAGAAGGAACAAGCGGGUGCCGCUGGGAUCAAAGAGGAGCCGCGGGAUCCCUUUUUCCCGGGAGCUGACGAUUCCUUCAGCAGCCACACGGACCUCGGCAGCGACUCCUCAGCUCUCCUGGAGGAUGAGGACUUCGUGCCAGCUCCCAGGGGAAGCUCCAGGAAGCGGCCCCUUGCCAGUGCAACCUCAGGAAUUCUCAAUCCGGAGCAGGAUUUGUGGGGGGAGCCCGAGGAGAAGCCCCCGGUUCCUCCAGAGCUCGACCAGGUCAAGCAGGAACCGGAUGAGGUGGAAGUGGAGCCAGUCCCUGAUCCACACUACGGACUCCUGGGCACUCGGACCUGGGAAGAGCCUCAGGGAAACCUGGAUGAGCUGCCUGUGGAAGUCCUCAGGCACAUCUUUGCCUUCCUUCCCGUGACUGACCUGUACCAGAACCUGAGCCUGGUGUGUCGCUGCUGGAGGGAGAUAGUCAGGGAUCCACUGUUCAUUCCCUGGAAAAAGCUGUACCACCAGUACCUGAUGAGGGAGGACUCGGCCCUGCGCAGAGUUGAGCAGAUCCUGCAGGAUUUCUCCAUCACAAAGGAGCAGGAAGGAUGUGUCUUGGGGCUGAUCAGGUUGGUGUCGGCCACGCCCGUCAGGGGGAAGGUGGAUCCCGACGCGGUUCUCCGGUGUCUGGGAAGCCACCACCUCUUCUCCAAGGCCCAAGUGUGCGUGGCCAACAAGCUGCCCCACCUGCAGAGCAAGACAGGGGCUGAGAACAUGUGGGCCAUCGUUGCAGUCAUGGUGCUGUUCUCCGACAGCGUCGGCGACAUCCAGAGGCUGCUGGAAUGUCUGAGGAGACCUCGCUCCAACCUCUCCGUGCUGGAGGUGACCGAGGUGCUUUACUGCAUUGCCACGCUCCUGUUUGCCAUGAGGGACAGGAAUAUUCCCAUCACCAACAGGAUCCAUUACAACGUCUUCUACUGCUUGUACCUGAUGGAAAACUCCUCUGGAGCCGUUGGGAAUGUGGAAGAGGAAACGCUGGCUUCGCGCUGCAGGCAGGACUUGUGGUCCAGUUUUCCACUGACCCACGAGCAGCAGAGGAUUUUGAAUCACAGGAUUGAGCCCGGGCAGAUAGUGAAAAUUAUGGCGUUUGCAGGCACGGGGAAAACCUCCACCUUGGCCAAGUACGCGGAGAAAUUCCCGGAGCUGAGCUUCCUUUACGUGGCUUUCAACAAAGCCGUGGUGGAGAAGGGGAAAAGGGCCUUUCCCAGGAAUGUCACCUGCAAGACUUUCCACUCCCUGGCGUUCGGGAGCGUCGGGAAGCACUACAAAGAGCGAGGGAGGCUGAACUUCUCCAAGAUGUCCGUGUUCUCCGUCAGCCGCCUCCUGCAGAACCGCGAGGGCCAGGCCCUGUUCGUGAGGGGGAAAACGGUCUCGCAGACCCUGGAGAGCUUCUUCGCCUCCUCGGACGAGGAGAUCUGUGGGGAGCACGUGCCCGUGUGGUUCAAAGACACCCACGGGGAGUGGAGGCUCGUCAGCCCCACGGAGAAAAGGAUCAACGUGGAGGAGGCCAAAGAAAUAUGGCACAACAUGAAAAAGCUGGAUGGGGACGUGGAGAAGAGAUACAAGAUGACUUGUGAUGGAUACCUGAAGCUGUGGCAGCUCAGCAAGCCCAAGCUGUCGGGCUACGACGCCGUUUUCGUGGACGAGGCCCAGGAUUGCACUCCAGCCAUCGUGGACGUGGUGCUGUCCCAGCCGUGCGGGAUCAUCCUGGUGGGAGACCCUCACCAGCAGAUCUACACCUUCCGCGGCGCCGUCAACACCCUGCAGGCCGUGCCCCACACCCACGUCUACUACCUGACCCAGAGUUUCCGAUUUGGUCCCGAGAUUGCUUAUGUUGGAGCAACAAUCCUGGAUGUUUGCAAAGGGAUCCGGAAUAAGACGUUGGUGGGUGGGAACCAAAAGGGCGCCGUCCGGGGCUCCCUGGAAGGGAAGAUCACGGUCCUUUCCCGCAGCAAUUCCAGCGUUUUCGACGACGCCGUCAAACUCACCGGGAGGGACAGACCCAUCCCCAUCCACGUCAUCGGGGGCUUGGCUCGUUUUGGCCUGAGCAGGAUUUAUGACAUUUGGAAGCUCAGUCAACCUGCAGAAGUCAGGGAAAAAUCCAACCUGGUGAUCCACGAUUCCUUUCUCCAGAAAUGGGAAGCUCAGGGGUUCUGGGGAUUGAAGGAAUACGCGGAGCUCGUGGACGACCGAGACCUGGCGGGGAAGAUUUCCAUCGUGGAGAAAUACCGGGAGCGCAUCCCGGAGCUGGUGCAGGGGAUCGAGAGGUCCCACGUGUCCCGGGAAUCCCUGGCGGAUUAUCUCAUUGGGACUGUCCACCAAGCCAAAGGCCUGGAAUUCGACACCGUGCUGGUGGCCGAUGACUUUGUGAAGGCCCAGUGUGGGAGCGACGCUUCCCAGAGGAGAACCAACCUGGCCACUGGCGCCAUCCCGGAGGACGAGUGGAACCUGCUCUACGUCGCCGUGACCCGGGCAAAGAAGUGUCUCCUGCUCUCCAAAUCCCUGGAAGACCUCCUGGCCCUGGCUGGGGAGCGAUUCCUUCGGGUGGAGCUGAUGAGUGAGGCUGCCAAGGUCGGAGCAUCCCGGACUUGCUGUGUGUCCAGAUGCACAAACAUGUUGGAUCCCAGCUCCAGGCUGGUUGUGAGGAAGCUCCCGUUGACUCACAGCAACGGCAGCCGCGAUCCCGGGGGAUUCCUGUGCCAGCCUUGCACCCGGCAGCGCUUCGGCUCCCUGGCUCCACUCACCUCCUUCCCGGCGCUCCAGGAACAGCCCUGCCAGCUCUAGGGAAGCCCUCCCAGCUUCCCAAAGCCCGUUGGCGCAUCCCAGCUCAGGAAUCGGGUGGAUAUUGGAGCGGGAUUUGGGUGGAUAUUGGAAUGGGAUUCCAGCCCGGCUCCGGAGGAACCCCGUAGGCUCUGGGAGACCUUCCCUGCAGCCCUGCCUUGCCUUCUAGGAGCUGGGAAGCAGAAUAUUCCAAAGCAUAUGCACUUUAGGAACUGGAUCAGCAUUAAUUUUGGAGCAUUAUCCCUGUGUACCUCCAUCACAGCGACCAAACUUCCCUGGAUAUCCCUCCCUCCUCCCUGACGUCAGCGCUCCGUGAAAUCCCUCUGAUUCGCUGGAAGAAGAGGAAAUGCAACCCUGGAAAGCUCCCAAAGGAACAGGCUAUUUCUGGGAAAUGGACUUUCCCUGGCCAGCAAUGGGAGGAAAUCAUUAAUCCCUCCCAGGGAAUGAAUUCCCCCUCCUGGCAGCCAAGGGCUUUCCCAGACUUUGCUUCCCUUUUCCCAGGACCAAACCGUGAGGGAAGAACUGCUUCGGUUUGACCUGGAGACAAACCGGAGAGAGUUUUGAAUCCUAAAACUCCAUUUAUAACCAAAAAAAAAAAAAAGCCUUAAAACUUCCUCGUUUUCCUCUUCUUUAACAAGUGCUUUGGCUGCAUUGAAUUCCAGCUCUUGGGAAAAUCCUGGUGGGUCGUGCUCGGUUGUGCCGCAAUUCCAGAGCCUGUGCCACGGAAGAGCGAAACCGAAAGUGGUUCUGGAAGGGAUCUGCCCUUGGAUCCAGGCCCGGAGCAGGAAGAGCCUCAUGCAUCCUGUUAUUCCCAUGGGAGCUGCUGGAAGGGUUUGACUCCAGGAGCGCAUUCCCUGCUCCGCUCACCCUGGGGGCAGGAAUUCCCGCUUGGAUUGGGACGUGGACGUCGGAGCAGGAACCUCCGGUGCUCCAUCCCGGCUGUUUUCCGACCAUCCCGUGGGAGAGAGGCACUUCCAACUUCCAUGGCUGGAGGGUCUGGACUGUCACACAUCCAUGGUGCCGAUUCCUUCCCCACAAACAGGAGGACAAGGCACAGCAGGCGGGAAAGAACAUGGAAUUUUGGGCUGUUGAUGGGAAUUCCGGUGCCUGAUGAGCCCUCGGUGCUGUGGAGAUGGAUUUCAUCCCAAUCCAAUCCUUCCCAAUCCUGGCUGAGACCCCCCAGUCAGUUCAACAAUCAACUGCUCUCUGUGAUUUUAUAUAAAAUAUAUAUAUUUAUACAUAAAAAAAGGCACCAGAGCUGCCUGUCCUGAAAUAAAGGAAAACAGUGGAUAAAAACCACCGAGGGAUGAAGGAAAACCACAGCGAGGGAAAUAUUCCCUGAGUCGCGUCCUGGAAAUAUUUUUCCUUGGAAUAUUUCCUAAGUUUGGUCUCUCGAGAAGUGUAAAUUGUAGUGAAAGUGCUCCGGGUUGGGAUCCCUGGGAGCAGCCAGAGCCAGGGGGGAUCAGGAAUCCGGAGCCUGGAUCGGUGCUGGAAGUGCUUCCAAAGGAUCCCUGAGCUGCGUCCGAGGGCGGAAUGGGGCUGGAAGCCUUGGCUGGAAAAGAGCAGGAAAGGGGGAGCUCACGGAUGCACUGGAGCGUGGGGUCGGUCCAGCCGGGCCGGGCGGAUCCAUCCCGGAGGACGCACUGGAUGAGGUUGGAAGUCCCGGCUUUCCGCUUGUAUCCCGGGUCGCAGGAAUAGCGCAGCAGGGCGUGGAGCCCCGUGUUGUUCCCCACCUCGAUGUGGGCGUUGGCCACGGCCUUGGGGCGGCUGCAUCGCGCUGGAGAGGGAUGGAAAACACACGGAAUCGCAACCGGGACACCGGGAAACCGCCGGGAACGUCCCUGGAAGUGUCCGAGGCCAGGCUGGAGGAACCUGGGAUAGCAGAAGGUAUCUCUGCCCACGGCUGGAACUGGAUGGGCUUUAUGGUCCCUUCCAACCCAAACCAUCCCGUGAUUCCAGGAAAUCCUGGCUAGGGGUGGAUGUAGGGAUUGGAUGCUGCCCUGGAGCUGGGAGAGCCUCAUCCAGCCUCCAGAAAUAAUCCGGGAUGGCUGUGUCUGUACACAGGAAUUAAAAAGGGAAAACCAUCCCUGGCAUCCUUGUGGUCGCUUGGAGCAGCGCCUCCUGGGAAUGGAGAAAGGGAAAACGCAAUUUCCAGCCUCCUUGUGGUCACCUGGAGCAUCUCCAGGGAAUGGGAAAAGGAAAACUGUAUUUUCAUCAUGUUUGUGGUCACUUGGAACAUCUUCUCCAAGGACUGGGAAAGGGAAAACUCGAUUUCCAGCAUCUCUGUGGUCACUUGGAGCAUCUCCAGGGAAUGGAGAAAGGGAAAACUUUAUUUUUGGAAUCUCUGUGGUCACUUGGAGCAGCUCCUCCAGGGAAUGGAGAAAGGGAAAACUAUUUUUGGAAUCUUUGUGGUCACUUGGAGCAGCUCCUCCAAGGAUUGGGAAAGGGAAAACUAUUUCCAGCAUCUCUGUGGUCACUUGGAGCAGCUCCUCCAGGGAAUCAAGAAAAGGAAAACUCAAUUUUUGGAAUCUUUGUGGUCACUUGGAGCAGCUCCUCCAGGGAUUGGGAAAGGAAAAACUUGAUUUCCAGCAUCCUUGUGGUCACUUGGAGCAUCUCCAGGGAAUGGAGAAAGGGAAAACUCUAUUUUUGGAAUCUUUGUGGUCACUUGGAGCAGCUCCUCCAAGGGCUGAGAAGGGGAAAACUAUUUCCAGCAUGUUUGUGGUCAUUUGGAGCAGCUCCUCCAGGGAAUGGGAGAGGGAAAACUCUAUUUCCAGCAUCCUUGUGGUCACCUGGAGCAGCUCCUCCAUCCACCAAAGACUGUUUGUGGAAUUCCGUCCCCUUUCAGUCAUUCCAUCCCCAUUUCAGACCAUUCCAGGACAGCAGCCCCGGCUCCAUCCGGCCACCAGCUGCUGCACUUCCCCACCUCCUCCUUCCUCCCUUCACUUUCCAGCCGGACAUGAAAAAUUCCAUAUGCUCCAUGAAUCCUCCAGCUGGUUCCCAGGGUUUUUUCUCCCCCUCUGGAGGCUGCAGCUGGGAUCCAGCAUCCCGGGAUUGUGAGUUAUGGCUUUGCUUUCCCCUUUGGCCUCAGCUUGAGGCUGAUUUCCCAACGGGCUGUUAAAGUCUCGCCCCUUUCCUGGUUUCUCCAAGGUUAUGCCGGCACCAGGAUCCCUGCUGGAGAGUGGGAAUGGCUCAUCCAUGACCCCAGCUGCUGGAAGCGCCUGUAUCCCGAUGGGAGCCAGCACGGAGAGGUGAUGAUCCAGUGCUGGGAUGGAGAGAGCGAUCCCGAAUGAUGCCGGUGAGGAGGAGCUAAUUCCAGGAUGUUGGGAAGCAAAACACUGGGAACAAGGCCAGGGUAUCCCAGAUGUGGGGAUGUCAUUCCAUGUCCACCUCCAGCUCCGGGGGGAUGCACAACCACAGACACCGGAGAAUCCACACUGUGAAAACCUGACUGUUCUCCUUGGAAAAUCACCACCAACAGGGUUUAUUUGGUCGGAAAACCGUAAGCCAAAAAAAAAAGCUGGGAAAAGGGGAAUUUCGGAGGUCUGGACCCACGCCUGGAGAGUUCACGAGGAACACCAAAAUCAUGGAAAUAAAUGAAACUUUCCCAUGUUUUAACUGAAAAGUA